CGCUCGGUCUGGUGCUGUCGCGGAGCGCGGUGUCCCCGGUCGCGAUGCUUCGUCGGAAGCCGACGCGGCUGGAGCUGAAGCUGGACGACAUCGAGGAGUUCGAGAGCGUCCGGAAGGAGCUGGAGAGCCGCAGGAAGCAGCGGGACGAGGCGGAAGCGGCGGCGGGCGGCGAGGAGGCGGCGGCGAUCGGAGCGCUGGGGACGGAGCACAAGAGCCGCGAGCAGCUCAUCAAUGACCGCAUCGGGUACAAACCACAGCCCAAGGCCGGCGGCCGCACCGCGCACUUCGGCACCUUCGAGUUCUGACGGGGGCUGCCCCGGGACCCCCGGGACCCCCAGUCCCGCCGAGCCGCGGGGGCCGCGCAGGACGGGCCGAGCCGUCCCCGCUCUGAGCUGUUACUUUUUUCUUUUUUAAGUUUGGUUAACACGCCCGUGAACGCCCCUUGGCCGAGCGUUUUGUUUUAAAUAAACACUUUUUCUUUUUUUUUUUAAGAAAAC